AUAGAAGAAAGAAAAGAGGGCAAAAUGUGUAAUUAGGGUUCUUCACUCCUCAGUGACGACGAUUUCCUUUCCUUGCCAUUGUCGAGAAGCAGCAGAUUGUAUCAAGCAAUGCAAAAUCUUUGGGAGAGCUAUAUGGACUGUAUCAGUUUGUUGCCCAAUGAUUUCAUCUUGCAGAUACUGUCAUUGCUUCCCACAAAAGAUGUGAUGAAAACUAGUCUUUUGUCCAAGCGAUGGCGGUAUCUGUGGAAGUUGGUGCCUAAACUCGAGUACAUUGAUGUCGACGAGAAUGCUGAUCAUGGGACAUUUGUGCGGUUUGUGGAUAGAUCAUUGCUAUUAAACACAGCUCCGGUUUUAGAGAGUUUACAAUUCAAGUUACGUCGGAAAUGCAGCCAAGUAGAUAUCGUAUUUUGGAUUGGAAUUGCAGUACAAAGAGGUUUGCGUGAGCUGAAUUUCGAUUAUCAUCAUAUUUACGAGCAUAUUAGAUUGCCUCUGAGCUUGUAUACAUGUGGAACACUCGUGGUGCUAAAAUUAAAAAAAGUAUCGCUUGUGGAUGUUCGAUUCCCGGUAUGUUUUCAGUUGCUCAAAAUGCUUCACCUGUUAUAUGUGGAUUACUUAGACGAUGAAACUCCUAAGAAGCUUUUAUCAAGAUGUCCUAUUCUUGAAGUCUUGGUUUUGAAUCGAGGCGACGAGGACAAUGUGAUUACUUUCUCGGUUAGGGUGCCUUCAUUACAGAGAUUUAUCUAUGAUUCAGCAUCUGAUUAUGAGCUUGUGCUGAAUACGCCUUCUUUGAAGUACUUAAAGACUACAGAUAGUUGUGAGAAUUGUAUGAUUGAGUAUAUGCCUGAGAUCGUGGAAGCAUAUGUCCAAGUUACCUGUUGCAACGUUGAAGAUAUUCUCAUGUCUCUUAAAUCACUCAAGCGCCUCUCGUUAUGUUUAAUAAUAGAGCCUAAGUUUCCUACUGGUAGUAUCUUCCAUCAGCUUGUGCAUUUGGAGUUGUGCACUUGUGAAACUUUGUGGGAGUUACUUAUGUAUAUGCUCCAACAUUCCCCGAAACUUCGUUCUCUCAAGCUUAACGAGAUCCAUAACGGUCUUUGCGGAGGUCCUAUCUUUCUUUGGGAGGAACCGAGCUCUGUUCCUAAAACGUUGAUGUUCGUUCUUGAGACUUUUGAGUGGAGAAACUACAGAGGAUGGAAGAAAGAAAGAGAUCUUGCAUCGUUUAUCUUGAAACAUUCAAAGCGUUUAAAGAUCGCGAUUUUCUCCCCAGAGGCAACCGACGUGAGAGAGAAAUAUCAUCUGAUCACGGAAUUAGCGCGUUUGUCCAGGGGUUCACCAGAAUGUGAGAUAGUGUUCGGUUAAAUUAUAUGAGAGGAAUAUGUAUUUUAUCACAUAAUUUGAUAAAAUUAUGUGAAUUUUGAGAAGUUAGGUUAUAACGCCGUACUUAAUUUAUAAUAUAACUGAUAGAUGUUGCAGAACAUAAAUUGCUACUAAAGGUUAUGUUAUAACCAUGAGCAUGUCAGUAAUGCCCCUGUUUUAUAUUCCAAUAAUUACAUA